AUACAUGAACAUGGCUCUCAAGUGCUGCCUUGUAGCGACUAGGGGACAUCACACAUACAGAUAGCCAUGCUGCCCAGUGUUGAUGUGACAGGCAUCUGAUGAGACUGGUAUUAUAAUUAGUUAAUUAUUUAUUUUUAGACCAUGAAAUGAAGAACCACGUGUAUCUACACCAGCAGUCUUAACAGUAAGGGAUCGGGAGUUGACCAGCUGACUUUAACAUAGCGAAGGGAUCGUAGACUGAUGCACUGACUUGAACAACUUAUAGGUCUCCUGGGCUGAUCGACUGACUUUCAGGGAUGGGAGAUUGACCUGCUGAAUUUGAACUAUUGAACCAUUUGUAGGAACCAUGGACUGGCCUGCUUACCAGAGCUACGUGUUGGGAUUGACCCUAUGGUUUGAACUGUUGGGAGGUUCGUGGGCCGAUCCACUGCUUGCAGGGACCAUAGGCCGAUCCACUGACUUGGAGGGUCGUGUAGUGAUACAUGCUGUACUGUAAUACCCUAAAAUCUCGAUAAUAAGCCACGGCUUAUUCUUAUUUUUGGUUAAGAAUGUGUGUUGUGAUCAUAUUAAAUCGCCAUGGAUGAUCCUAGCAUAUUUGACCUACACUAUGUCCUCAGUAGCUGUGCUACCAUGUCUCCGGACGAGGAGGAGGAGCUCCGCGCAGCACGCCCUACACUUAACCUCCUCAACGUCAAAUACGAGGUGUCCGAAAAAGUCGGACCAUGGUGGAAGGGUGCCUGCUUAAGGAGGUCGAAAUCUAAAACAGUGCUGCGGGAUUUUACAGCUCAAUUUCGAGGGGGAGAAAUAGUAGCCAUUCUUGGAAGUUCAGGGUCAGGAAAGACCUCAUUGUUGGAUGUGAUUGCAUGUAGAACGAGUGGGAAAGUGACCGGCAAGGUUUACUACAACAACUACGAAUGUACCAAAGAGGUCAUCAAACAGUACGGGGCGUACGUUAUGCAGGCUGACCGUCUCCUCGCUAACCUAACAGUUAGGGAGACGCUACAGUUCUCAGCUUUUCUCCGACUCCCCGGAAGGACAACUUCGCAGGAAAUAGAAGCUAAGGUUAAUAAAGUCAUUCAAGAAAUGGGACUGAAGAAUGUGGCAGAGUCGAAGAUUGGCGGGACAGUGAAUCGUGGGAUAUCUGGUGGAGAAAGGAGACGAGUAACCAUAGCAAUACAACUACUGCAAGAUCCAAAGAUACUGAUGCUGGAUGAGCCAACCACUGGUUUGGACAGCUAUACAGCCCGAUACCUCGUGUCCAACCUAGCGGACAUCGCCAACAACAGCGGCAAGCUUGUCAUCCUAACCAUCCACCAGCCUCGUUCUGAACUCUUCAAACUUUUCGACAAGGUUUGCAUCAUGAGCAUGGGAGAACAGGUUUUUCUUGGCAAGAACAGCGAGCUCGUAGACUACUUUGCUCAAAUCGGCCAUCCAUGUCCGACGUUUGCCAAUCCACUUGACCACUACAUUGACCUCGCAAGUGUUGACCGGAGAAAUCAUGAGAGCGAGUUUGACUCAGCAGCUCGCGUCAAGGCCCUUGUUCAAACUUUCUCUAUGUCUGAGAUCCAUAACGAAACGCUUAACAUGGUGAUGGAGGAAACCAUGAAACCGUCCACACGCCGGACGCUUGUUCUCUUCUACAAGCCCCGCCCACCGAAUAUAUUCCGUGUGAUAAAUGCUCUGGUUGGGCGGAUGAUGGUGAAUCUCGGCCGGGACCGGACGAUCUAUAUCAGUCGGGUAUUUCUCCUGUCGUUAUUUGUUCCGUUUAUCUGUGCAUUUCUUGGCCACAUGAAGACAAAUCAGGAGAGCGUUCAGGACAGAGUAGGACUGAUGUACCAGUCUCUUAGUGUCCCACCUUACGUCGCUAUUCUGAAUGGAGUGGCCUUAUUCCCGCCCAUGCGCGACAUGUACUACCGGGAGACAAGAGAUGGACUCUACGGAACCGUGGCUUUUAUGAUAGCCUACGUCUUACAUAUCGUUCCCUUUACUCUCUUUUCCAGCUUCGUCUUCAGUAUCAUCGUUUACUGGGUGACAGGGUUAUAUCCUGAGUGGCAGAGGUUCGGGAUUUACUACGCCGUUGUCUUCGUAUUACACCUGGUAGGGGAGAUAAUGACAGUCGGAUGUAUGGGCGUAUUCCAGAAUGCGCAAAUAGCCAACAGCACUAUAACCCUCAUUCUCACUGCAUCUCUUCUCUUCUCGUCAGGUCUGCUGAGGAGCCUGGAGAGCAUGAUUGAAAUAUUCCACUGGGCUGCUUGGUUUACGAUCCACAAGUACAGCACGGAGAUCUUAGUAGCGAAUGAGUUCCAUGGCUCGAACUUUACCUGCGCAACAGGCCCAGGAGCUGCGCCGUGCCAGUUCCGGACAGGGGACGACUACCUGGAGGCGUUUUAUCCGGAUGCCAUAGACAACUUUUACCGGAACUUUGGAGCAAUCGGGGGAUUCAUUCUCUCAUUCCUUACUGUCACUAUAAUUGCUUUUAAAAUAAGGGGAAUUCCUAAUCUUAAUUAAUUUCACAAUAUAGGAUCACAAACACGUGCAUUAAACUCGUCCAUAUUUAUUUUUGUGGCGAAUUAUCAAAACACGGCGGUUGUAAUGGGUGGAGACGGUCUCGUCGGACUCUUUUCUCCUUUAUUGCACAUUUCAACAUUCUUUAUUUGUAAUUAAAGUCCUAGAUCAUCAUAGAAAUUGAUUUCUCACAUGACAUGUAUUUUGUUCGGAAGUAUGAAAAUACAAAGACGUUAAUCUGGAUGUGUCAUAUUAGGCAAGGACUGUGAUGUUGGAUGUACAAGUGUUUGAAAGAUUUUAACAUCUUUGAGUCAUUUUGGUGUAACUAGUCUUUAACCUAAUAUAAAGACGGAGAUAGUCAUUUUACACCGUAACACCGGGUUAUUUACCUUAUAUCUAGUAUUGGAUGAUCUUGUUAUUUCUUUUUUUGGUGGAACUUGUAAUUUACUUACGAUGACGAGACUCAUUUACAUAUAUUAAUGACGGAACAUGCUAUAGUGAUGCUAAUCAUUUUUUUUUUACAUAUAUAAUGGCGGCACUGGUCAUAUAUACAUAUCCUAUAGUGAAACAUUUUAUUACUAAACAAUGGAAGGACCUUCCAUGUACCUAUCAUAAUAGACGGCAAAGUAUUCUAUCUUUGAAUAACAUAGCUUGAAAUAGUUAAAAUGUGAUAAGCAGACUGUGAUACUGUAUUAUUAUUAUUACAUUCCCGACAUGCCAUAUAGUUGUAGUACAAUCGAACCUCUUUUAACAUUAAUGAUUUUGUUUUCAUUUAUUUCGUCCAUGAAAAAAAAGUUUUGCAGUGAACAAAAAACUUAUAUAUUACCUUAAUCGCCUUUGUGAAUGAUAUGUGUUCAAUUCUGGCGUUUUUUUUCCUGUGAAAAAAGUUUAUGGAUCAAACUUAGAGCGUUAACAUUCUAUAACAUUAAUAAAAAAAAUGUAAAAAUAAUAUGAAAAGUUCUUCUGUUUACACAGGUUUAAGUGUUCUAGUCUGUUGCAUGAAUAAUAAUAGUUUUUUUUAUUUAGUUUUUUUUAUCUUUUUUUUUUUUUUUUUUGUUAAUUUAUCUAAUAGGCCACGGAUGAGAUGUGAGUACGGAGUGUUUCCGUAUCCUGAUUAGAUUCAUUUGAAUUGAAUGAUGGCAAUUGCUCUGCUUCCUGACCUGAGUGUAAAUGCAGAUAAUAGUUUACAUAGCCCCAAUAUCUCAAUGAAUUUGACUCUGAUUAGUCGAAUGAGGGAUAUUGUGUAAACUUGUUUAUGCUCGAGAGAGGUAGGCGUCGAUUAAGAUCAAAAUCAAGAUAUAACUGGUUAUGUCAUAUUACGUAUUAAUUCUUAUCAGAAAUUUGUCACCAUGUGUCAUAUUACAUCUGAUUACAUUAUCAGGUGAUAUUUGAAAAUAUAAAAAACGAAUUCUUUAAUUCAUUACUGUUUCAUUAAUACCGAUCAAUAUAGUCCAUGCUAAAUCAUCAUGGAACAUCGGAAAUGCCCAAAGUAUUGAUCAGAAAGAUUUGAAAUUGAUACACGAAUGCAUAUCAAAAUUAUAUUAAAGACCGUUUUUAUAUGAAUUGACUGGUCAUAAAUUGUCUGUAGAUUAUUUGUCGUGAGCGUUAAGUUAGCAUUGUGUCUUCUGAGUGCAAACAUCCGGGUCGAUACUGUAUUUGAAAAAAUAUCAAAAGCUAUUUGUUUAAUUCAGGUAUCGUUUUUUCAACUUUUUGCCUAUUUCAUUUAUUUAAAAAAUUCUUAUCUCUGUAUUUAUGAAAUAUCUUGUAUUUCGAAAAUAAAGUUAUUUUGACUUAA